GUGGUUGUGAGCAUUCUUUAUUUGCGAGAUUAUCUGCGAGAUCAUUGCCAGGGCUAUUGAAGUGUCCCUUUACUUUUUUUGCAUUAGGAGUAGUUAUUUCUGUUGAUUAUAUUUUUGUUAAAGCCUUGUAUAGCUGCUUAACUAUCAGUGAAGAUAUUAAUGUGACUGUUGAUGGGGAUGUAUUCAGUAACAGAACAAAUAGCUAG